CAGGAUAGUGUAAACAUCUGUCUGCCUGUUGAGAGCCAUGACAGAUGGAAAAGGGGAGCGUUUGGCUCAAACACUACCAUCUUUGACCGUACCAACAGUUGUCUUCCCAAAAUAGCCGACACUCCACGGCCUUAUAUGUGCAGGCCUCCAGCAUGUGUCUGAGAAGGCAUCAUGUAUCUAGGCCACACAAUACACGCUGCAGGCUCAUUGUUGCUGCCUACCAGCAGGCCUAUCACUCCCUCAGGCCUCUGUCUGUCUUGGAACUGCUCACAAUGCACCUCACCCAGCUCAAUCACGAGUGCCUCCUCCACCUCUUUUCCUUUCUGGACAAGGAUAGCCGCAAGAGUUUGUCCCUCACCUGUCAUGGGCUGCAUGAGAUCUUCCUGGACCCCUGUCUCUGGGAUCUACUACACUUCAGCUCCCCGUGUCAGCUGAGGAGAGACAACUUUGUGCUGGGACCCUCACUGCGUUACUUGACUGUUUGCUGGUAUUCCAGCAGAGUCCUGCAAGUGUGCAACAUCGAGGACUGGCUAAAGACCUCGUUUCAGAAGGACAUCUGUAGUAAACAUGAGCGCCUGGUCAGCACUUUCCUGGGCCAAGUCUGCCACACGUGUCCCACCCUGCUCGAGUUAACCCUGUCCGGCUGUGGACACAUCACUGACCAGGAUGUGAUCUCUGUGCUGCAGAGCUGCAGGAGGCUACGCUUUCUGCACCUGGAGAACUGUGUCCGCAUCACCGACCGCAGCCUGGAAGGUGUGGCGUCUCAUGGAGACAGUCUGGAGGAGGUGAAAGUGGACUUUUGCAGGAACAUCACCAAGGCAGGGCUGCAGGCUGUCAGGGAGAAGAGGCCGGGCAUCCAGCUGAGCGCAGAGAGAAGUGCUGAGCUCAUCCCUGACAGCAAGCCUGAGAAGAAGGUGCCACUUAGGAGGACGCUGCAGAAAGUCCUGCAGUUCUCCUGAGCAAAGAGCUGCACUUCAUUUCAAAAGGACGACAAGAAAAAGCAUGUGGACAUCAUUUUAAUUUGUCUGUAUUUGUUUCUUUAAUGUACAUUUCUGUUGUGUUUGAGUUUUCUUUUGCUAUCUUCUAUCCUUUUUAUACCACAUAUUUUCUCAUUGAAUAUGAAUAUUUUGAAGCUCUAUUCCAUGUUGCUCUAACAAAGGAGUUUAUUCCAAAAAAAAUGGUCUUCAUCAAACCUUAACAUUGUAUAUUUAUUUAUUAAUUAACAUAGCAUUUUGGUCAUAUUAUUUUUAUUUUUACUUAUUUAUUAUAUGAUUUGAUUUGUCAUGUGCAACUACACCACUAACAGAAAUGGCACAUCCUGUUUGUUUCAUCCAUAAAAAAAUUACAAAUAGUGCUCUGUUUUAUAAAAGGGGUUAUGUGCUGGACUAUUUAUUGGCCAGUGCAGUUGCCAGGCAACCAGGAAGAAAUUGUCUCCCUGUAAAUGACAAAUCAUCUGUGUUUUCCACAUAGUUUGUGUGUGUGUGUGUGUGUGUGUGUGUAUGAAGUGAAUUGUGUUCAUUUCAUAACUUUAGCCUGCUCCAGGUUCUUAUUGAUUGGUGGUGACAGGCUGGUCUCAAUCAUCUCACCUCAUGCUAUUAAAAGCUUUGAUAAUUUGAUGAAAUAA